CAUUUGUCUACACUGACAUUGGGAAUUUUUUGUAGGGAAUUUCCUCUGUAUAGAAAUUGUACAAUAAUUUCAUGGUAUUAUAUUGGCACUACUGCGUCGGCAAGCACGUACGGUAUGGCAGUUUUGCCUCUGGUUUAGAAGCAUACGUGAUUUUUGUGAGUUGCUCCAGCGUUCAUCAUGUCAUGGACUGAUAGGCUAACGGUCGCUGAAAUCGCCAGUAUUUUAGAAGAAGAUGAAGAUAUUGUCGAUCCAACAUUUUUCAUAGAUCCACCUGAAAAUGCAGCCAUCAGCGAGUGUGAUUCCGAUGAUGAUACUCCUACAGGCAACAUAAAUCAUUUAUCUGGUAACCAACUCCGAGCUCGUGGUGAAUUGAUAGGAAGAAAGUUAACUGAUGAUGGGCUAGUUGAAUUUAGAAUCGGCGAAAUAGAGGAAGAAGAAAUAAGUCAAGAAAAUACUGAAGAAGAAGGCAAAUGUGAACAAGAAGUAAACGAAGAAGAGAGUGUAUCAAUAAGCACAAAUAAAAAUACUGAAGAACGAAUUAGUGAAAAUGUGACUGAGAAAAAUUCGAAGAAGAGGAAACAAAAGAAAGAUGUGAACAAAAAGAAGAAGAAGAAGGUGAAAGUGCUCAAGAAAAUUCGUAAAUGGCAAGAAAAUGACAUUGCAGAUAAGACUUCUAUAGAGUUUACUCGGGCAAAUUUCUUGGAAAAUGACUAUUCUCCAGUAGAGCUAUUUGAAUUCUUUUUUGACAAUGAAGUGGUUGAAUACAUCGUUUUUUGUACUAAUCUAUAUGCUAGAGAAAAGGGAAAUAUGGAUUUUUCUACCUCGAAAAAUGAAAUACGUCAGUUUUUUUCUAUUCUUUUUUUGUCUGGCUAUAACACAAUGGCACGUUACAGAAUGUACUGGGAAACAGCAGAAGACACCCAUCAUGAGGCAGUUUCAAGUGCUAUGUCACGUAAUCGUUUUGAAGAUCUCCUACGUUACAUCCACUUCUGUGAAAAUGUAAAGAUUGACAAAGAUGACAAAUUUGCUAAAGUCCGGCCAGUCAUGUGUAUGUUGAACGAACGAUGGCUUCAGUACUUUCCUGGUGAUGUCUAUCUUUCAAUCGAUGAGUCCAUGGUACCAUAUUUUGGUAGACAUGGCGCAAAACAACAUAUCCAUGGAAAGCCUAUUAGAUUUGGCUACAAAGUUUGGAUGCUUGCUACAAGGUUAGGAUAUGCAAUUCAAAUGGAACCAUAUCAGGGCAAAUCGACUGGUGCAACAAAUCCAGAACUCGGUGUGGGAGGGUCAGUUGUAAUGGACCUAAUUUCCGAACUUCCAUCAGAUAGGAAAUACUGUUUCUUCUUUGACAACUUCUUCACAUCUCUCAAACUACUGGAGGAAUUGCGAAAUAAUGGACACUACGGAACAGGAACAAUCAGAGUAGACAGAGUACAGGGUGCCCCUCUCCGCCAGCCUCAAGAUCUAAAAAAAGAGCCAAGAGGAACUUUCCAUCAAGUCACUGAUACAGACACUAAUAUAACCCUUGUAAGAUACAUGGAUAAUAGUGUCUUUACAAUGGCAUCAACAGCAACAGGUGUUCAGCCAAUGGGAAAAGCAAAACGUUGGUCAAGUCAUCAGAAAAAGCACAUAAUUAUUCCUCAGCCUAAUUGUGUGAACUGGUAUAAUUUGCAUAUGGGUGGGGUGGAUAGAUUAGACGAGAAUGUUGCUGCAUACCGGAUAAACAUCCGUAAUAAGAAGUGGUAUUGGCCGAUCAUUGCAUACCUCUUGAAUGUUAGUAUGAACAAUGCUUGGUUAUUGUACAGAAUGACACAAAGAGGGGUGGAAAACAAACUUGAUCUCCUUGGCUUUACAAGAUACAUUGUCCGCACUUAUUUACAAACAUGCACAACCCCUCGCCCUUCUUCAGGAAGACCAAGUAUGAAAGUGUCUAAUAGGGUUCUGCCGGAAGUUCGUUUCAGUGGUAAGGAUCAUUUUCUGGAAACCGUCGAAAAACAAGUACGCUGUGCAUUGUGUUCCAAAGCAACCAGAAAAAAAUGCAAAAUAUGCAAAGUUGGUUGCCAUGUGUUGUGUGCAGAGGCAUUCCACACCCGCUAAUGAUUCGUCAAGUACAUAAUUAACAAUGUAAUGAUGCAAUAAACCUUUUUAAAAAUCAAUUGUCAAGUAAUUUGUAAUGUAAUGAUGUAAUAAAACGUUUUCAUAAUCAAUUGUCAAGUAAUUUGUAAUUUAAUGAUGAAAUAAAACACAUAAAAAUAAAUAAUAGUACUUUUUCAACUACCAGAAUACACCCCACCGUUCAUUCCCACUGUCGACAAAUGUAGACAUGCAUCUGUUUUAUCUACCUGGGACCGAUCAUUCCCACUGUCGACAUAUGUCGACAUGCUGUAUUUUGUUUGUAUCUACAAAUUUUGCAUAUUUUAUAGUAUAUCUAUAGUGAAUAUGUAAUACUAAAGUAAACUUUUCGUAUAAACUAAGAAAAAAUGAAAAAAUAAUAAUUUGGGAUGAAA